AUGAUAAAUUGCAAAUCAGCACCAACACCAGUAGUGAUAGGUUUGAAGUUGAGCAAAGAUGACAAAGGAGCUAAUGUAAAUCCAACUUUGUAUAAGAAACUUGUUGGUAGUAUCAUGUAUCUAACAGCCAGAAGGCCGGAUAUAAUGUUUGGAGUUAGUCUCAUUUCAAGGUUCAUGGAGUCUCCAAAAGUUACACAUUGGAAUGUUGGAAAAAUAAUUUUGAAAUAUGUUAGUGGAACAAAGAAUUAUGGAAUGUUUUACUCAAGGUCAAAUGAUUUCAAUCUGAUAGUAUACACAGAUAGUGAUUGUGUUGGUAGUAUAGAUGAUAGGAAGAGAACUUCAGGCUAUGCUUUUCAUUCUGGAUCAGGUGUAGUAUCAUGGGUUACAAUGAAACAACCUAUAGUCACUCUUUCAUCAGCUGAAGUGGAGUAUGUAGUAGCUACAAGGGCAGAAUGUCAAGCGGUAUGGAUGAGAAGAAUGUUGAAAUAA